AUGCAGUCACUACCCUCAGGACCGUGCUACCUGCGGUGGAAACUCCUCGCGCUUCUGUUUGUUUUGGCGGCGCUGACGUCGAAGGGCCGCGCCUGCCCGAGAUCAUGCGCGUGCUACGUCCCCACCGAGGUUCACUGCACUUUCAGAUACCUGACCGCAAUACCGCGCGAGAUUCAGCCGGUUGUGGAACGAAUUAACCUGGGAUACAACAGCUUAACAGUGUUGAGAGAAAAUGAAUUUGCCGGCCUGGAACAUCUGGACCUGUUGAUGCUUCACAGUAACACCAUCAGUAAUAUUGAAGACCGCGCUUUCAAUGACCUCAAGUCUUUGCAAGUGCUAAAGAUGAGCUACAACAAAGUGAAAGAGAUCAACAAGGACACGUUCAGUGGUCUUCACGGUUUGGUGCGACUCCACAUUGACCACAACCAAAUCGAAUUCAUCAAUCCGGAGGCCUUCUACGGUCUGACCAAGCUGCAGCUGGUCCACCUGGAGGGCAACCAGCUGCAGCAGCUUCACCCAGACACCUUCGUCACGCUCCGCCACAGCCAGGUGUUCAAGAUGUCCUCGGUGAAGAGCGUCUACCUGUCCGACAACGCCCUCACCAGCAUACCGGCCGACCUGUUCGCAGGCUGUUAUCAGCUGGAGAACGUGUAUCUCCACGGAAACCCGUGGUCUUGUGACUGCCGCAUGGACUGGCUGAGCGAGUGGGCUGAAAAGAACCCUGGUGUGCUGAAAUGCAAACGCGACAAGAAGCCCUCUCAAAGGCCAGCAUGCCCCGUGUGUGCCUCGCCAGCUCCUGCCCGCGGGAAAGGCCUGACUCAGCUAGCGCGCGACGACUUCACCUGCGCCAAGUCCUGGAUCCACCCUUACCUGAAGCAGCGGAACCUGACUCUGGGCGAGGACGACUACACCCCGGUCUCGGCCAAGGACUUCAUCGCCCCCAUCGGAACGCUGCAAAUGAAUGUGACGGACGAGGUCCACAACGACGCCACCUUGACCUGCGUUGUCCAGAGGCCCUCUGGGGUGGAGAACCUGAACCUGACGCAGACGGGGGACGAGGAGGACGUCACCGUGCUGAGGGCGACCAUCAGCACGUCGCUGGUGUGUAACAUCGACUACGACCAGAUCCAGCAGCUGUGGCGAGUUUUGGCCACGUACAGCGACAUGCCCAUGAGACUGGAACGGGGACUGCUGCUGUCAAUGUCACCGGAGAUGACCUACAAAUACCGACAGGCCCAGCUGCCGGACGAGGACAUUUACACUGAGGUUGAAGCAGAUAUCAAAGCCAAUCCGGCAUGGCUACUUCAAGGACAGAUUAACCUGCAGCUGGACCGAACAACCACUACAUUCUCCACACUUCACAUUAGGUACUCGUCAUCUGUCCAGUUGCGCGUGGACAGCAGAAACCUCCGGAGAGACAGGUACAGCUGGACGAUGAUCAAACGGGAUAAUCAGACAAAGACAGAACAUGCUGUUGUAGCUGGCAGUACCGCAGUGCUCAACUGUGAGACAUUUGGAAACCCGAAACCCUCCAUGGAGUGGAUCUUGACGGAUGGCACCAAAAUCCGGGCGCCGUACCACAGUGAUGACCGACGGAUUACAAUCAGCGACUCGGGGAAGCUCACCUUGAGAUCCGUGGACAAUUCGGAUGCUGGUAUUUACCGAUGUAUUGCAACAAACUACUUGGAUGCCGACGUUUUGAUCUUUCGGAUUACAGUUUUGUCUCCCGAUGUGGAGGAGGCGGAGGUGAACGGGGUCCAGCUGACCCGCUCACUGGGCCAAAGCUUGCUCCUGGACUGUGGAUCUACUGGGAACCCUGUAGCUUCCAUUCAGUGGAUUCUUCCCGAUCACUCAGUCUUGGACAAAUCGAGUGGGAACAGACAUGUUUACAAUAACGGCAGCUUGGGAAUACAGUCGCUGACGGAGAGAGACCGAGGGUUUUUCAGAUGUCUGUCCUCGAAUUACCUCGGGGUCGAUUUGUUGACGUCCCAAGUGAGUAUUACCGACGAGGGGACAAAGCAAGUGCAAAUAAUAGAUUCCGAAGGCUCAGGGCUCGAUGAGAUUGAUUCCGACGCAGAGGAGACGGAGACGACUCACAGUGGACUUAUUCAUUCCAAGUCGUCUCAACGGACUAACCAGGAGUCCAGGACCAUCACCUCAGACAGGCCGUACCCAAGGUACAAGGCACCGCACACCAGAGGAGGUCAUCGGAGAGGUAGCCCCUUAAGCAGCAGGAGAAAAUGGGGAGGCAGGCGGGUAUUCGAUAAGGGAUCUCGAAGGGUGGAUCCUCAAAAAUUUGCAGAGUUCAUGAAGAAAGCCCAGUCUGGCCAGACAACAAACAAUGAGAUAGGGAAAACCGAUGAGGAACGGGGAAGCACCAAAACAGAUUUGGGGCUCUCUGGAGACGGGGAUGUGGGUUCAGGAGAGGGUUUUUCUGAGGAUCAAAUUAUCGCGAUGCCAAAUGGUGAGGUGACAAUCACAGAAAUGCCAGAAACCAACCAGUAUGGCGCAGUAAUAACAAAGGAAUCAGAGAACAGUCAGGGUAGUGUGAUGACAACCACAGAUACUUAUGUGAAUUUAUAUGACAACCAGGAUGGACACAUGACAACCACUGAGUCUGAGAUCUCAAGAAUACGAUUCCCAGAUCUCAGUGUCACCACUAGCACUUAUGAAAUUCAAAGAGACGAAACAACACCAUUUAAAAACAAACUCACUUACUCCAGGGGAUUCAGUGACAAUAGACAGUAUACUUAUCAGACAAGACCUAACGACUCGUUUAAGCGACCUGUCACACUUAAGCUUACGGUGACUGAUUCCACAGACGAGAUGCAGGUCAUGUUCUCAGGUGACACACCUGAGUCUUCGACUGAGGGAAUGUCUGUAGUCAACGGCCAGAACCCACAUGUCACUCCGAUGAUGGAUGGGGUGGCUCAGAGACUGAAGCCAGUUGUUCACACAUCCUCUGACCCCGACAGCCAGACUACAUUCACAGCUGUGACCACAACAGAACGCGAGCAAGAUGAAAUCACCUUUCACACUACUCAGAGGAUCAAGUCUCACCGCCUUCCGGCUGGAUCCACCAUCAUCUCACGACAACAGAUACAAAUAAUACCCCCCAACAGGAGGAGGCCAGGACGGAGGCGCAACUUCCCCAACAGGCGAAGAAUAAUUCGACCAAACAAGAUCACAGACAUCCAGUCCUACCUUGAUAAAUUCAAGAAACCUUCAGUCUCACAGAAGGGGGCAGCCACAGUGCCAUAUUCAGUAGAGAUAACCACAGAUUGUGGAGAUUGUGGUGACCAAACAGUGCCGAGGCCAGUAUCAAAGUCCCACUCAGGAGGCGUGUCGCGGCCACUGUACACACACUUCUGGGAGGAAGAGAUCUCCGUCGUGUCCUCCCCGUCUGGAACCAAGGACUCAGAUGACGUAGAUUGGAGAGUCCCAUUGUAUUUCACCACCAGUCGGCCGAGGGAAUACACCACGUCACGGCCCACCACCGCCUCCAGAACCACUCCAUCGUCACGGCAGUAUGGAACCCCGCGGUCUCGAGUGCAGACCGGUAGAGAUAACAGAGUGUACGUCAAUGGCAGAGUGCCCCCUCGCAGAUACGGGCAUUCCCCAACACACAGACCUCCGGUUAGACCAGUGAGGCCCACCAUGCCUGUCAUCACACAGGGAUCUAAGAGGAGGCCAGAAGCAGAACGAACCUUGACCUCUGUUGUCACGACAACAGAGCUCCCAACAGAGCCGGAAUACACCCACAGGCCCUCCCUUUAUGACUACGACGACAUCGACAACACGUACGACCACCAGGCCAAAGAGUACGACACAACAACGUCCGUUACCACGAAGCCAUCCACGGAGCCGUCCACGGAGGAUGUGCCGACCAAGCCGAGGAUUGUGGGGGGCAACGCUGCCAGCUUCACGGUGCUGUCGAACUCCGACGCCAUCCUGCCGUGUGAGGUGGAGGGCAACCCUCCACCCUCCGUCAGCUGGAGACGCUUCUCCCCCAGCGCAGGAAACACACUGACCAUAAGGGGAAAGAUGGGCAAGUUCGAGGUAUUCCAAAAUGGAACUCUGUACAUCCAGGAUGCAAAUGUAAAGGACCGAGGCCAGUACCUCUGUUUAGCCGAGAACGACUACGGCUCGGACAAGCUCAUCGUCACCCUGUCGGUGGUGGCGUACCCGUCGCGCAUCCUCGAGCCCAAGGUCCGAGACAUCAAGGUGCAUUCUGGGAAUACCGUCGAGAUGAACUGCAAGACAGAGGGUCGGCCCACGCCUCUGGUCUCGUGGAUCCUGGCCAACCGGACGCAGGUGAGAGGCCAGGACGCCGCCGCCCACGGACGAGUCUCGGUCACGCCGGAGGGGACGCUGGUCCUCCGCCAGGUGUCCGUGUACGACCGCGGCCACUACAAGUGCAUCGCCAGCAACGCCGCCGGCCUGGACACGGCCACCGUGCGCCUGCAGGUCAUCGCAGCGCCCCCCGACAUCCUGGAGGAGAAACGGCAGCAGCUCAAAGUCCGCUCGGGGGACAACCUGUGGCUGCCGUGCACGGCGAAGGGCACCCCCCAGCCCACUGUGCACUGGGUCCUCCCCGACGCGUCGGUGGUUCACCCGCAGCGCUACGGCAACCAGAGGUCCUCGGCGUUCGCCAACGGAACUCUCCUCCUGACAGGCGUGACGACGGCAGACAGCGGCGUGUUGGAGUGCAUCGCCAACAGCCCCGCCGGCUCGGAGAGACGAGUGGUCACCCUCACCGUGGAGACCGCGCAGACUCCUCCGCAGAUCGUAGAGGUGUCCCAGAGGAGAACGGACCUCGAGUUUGGGGAUCAACUGCGGCUCAACUGCUCCGCCACCGGGGACCCCAAACCCAAGAUCAUGUGGAGACUCCCGUCCAAGGCAGUGGUUGACCAGUGGCACAGGAUGGGCAGUCGGCUUCAGGUCCUGGACAACGGCACUCUCAUCAUCGACUCCGUCAACGACAAGGACGCCGGGGAUUACAUCUGCGUCGCCCGUAGCGACCUCGGCGACGACCUGCAGCUCCUGAAGGUCGGCGUGUCCAUGAAGCCGGCGAAGAUCGAGACCAAGGCCUACGGCAAGAAGCAGGUGCCGUACGGCAAAGACCUGCAGGUGGACUGCAAGGCGUCCGGCGCCCCCAUGCCGGAGAUCUCCUGGGGGCUCCCCGACGGGACGGUGGUGAACGGGGCGCUGCAGGCCGACGGCACCAGGAGAGGGCGCACUAGGCGCUUCGUCCUCUUCGACAACGGGACGUUGUACCUGAACAAGGUGGGCAUGGCGGAGGAGGGCGACUACACGUGCUACGCCGAGAACACCGUGGGCAAGGACGAGAUGCACGUGCACAUCACCGUGAUCACGGCGGCGCCCCGCAUCCGCACGCCCAGCACCACCUACGCCAGGGUGACCCCGGGGGGAAACGUCCGCUUCGACUGCGAGGCCGUCGGAGAACCCAAGCCCAAGAUUCUGUGGAUGCUGCCGUCCAACGACAUGAUCGCGGCGUCCAACGAGCGAUAUCUGAUGCACGUUAACGGGUCCCUCGACAUCCGUGACGUCAAGCUCGUGGAUGCGGGAGAAUAUGUCUGCAUGGCUCGGAAUACUGCGGGAGAUGACAGUAAGGUCUACAAGCUGGAUAUCGAUGGAAACCCACCUGUUAUCAAUGGAUAUUAUCAAAACAGGACGGUGAUUAAAGAGACCGCCGCCAAAUACUCGAGGAAGUUCAUCGACUGCAAAGCUGUCGGGAACCCUCCGCCGAAGAUCACGUGGAUUAUGCCCGAUAACAUUUUCCUCAAAGCUCCGUACUACGGGAGCAGGAUUAACGUGCACCACAACGGCACUCUGGAGAUCCGCAACGUGCGGCCGACCGAUUCGGCCGAGUUCAUCUGCAUGGCGCGCAACGACGGCGGGGAGGCCGUCAUGGUGGUCCAGCUGGAGGUCACCACCAUGCUGCGGAGGCCGAUCUUCAAGAACCCCUUCAACGAGCGCGUGGUGACCCACAUGGGCAAGACCACCGUGCUGAACUGCUCGGCCGACGGUCACCCGCCACCCGAAAUCACCUGGACGCUCCCGAACGGGACUCGUCUGUCCUCCGCAGAGUCGGAGCGCGGCGCGCAGCAUCACCUCAGCGGCGACGGCACCUUCAUCAUCUACAACCCGAGCAAGACGGACGCCGGGAAGUACCGCUGCUCCGCCAAGAACAGCGUGGGCUACAUCGAGAAGCUGCUCGUGCUGGAGGUGGGCCAGAAGCCGUACAUCCUGACGCGGCCGCGGGGGGUGAUACGGGCCGUGGCGGGCGACCCGCUGUACCUGCACUGCCUGGCCGACGGCCUGCCUCGACCCAGCAUCUUCUGGUCGCUCCCGGGCGGCCUCGCGCUGACCCGGCCGCAGGCCACCGGCCGCUACCACCUGAUGGAGAACGGCACGCUGCUGAUCCGGGACGCGGUGCUGCACGACCGCGGGAACUACCACUGCCGGGCCAGGAAUUCCGCCGGCGACGCCGUGCUCACGGUCCCCGUGGUGAUAGUCGCGUUCCCGCCCCGGAUCACCACAGGGCCCCCCGCCACCGUCAGAGCCGUCACGGGGGUCCCGCUGAAGCUCAACUGCCUCGCCACGGGGCUCCCGACUCCCGAGAUCACCUGGGAGCUCCCGGACCGGUCAGUGCUGUCCACGGCGGCGAAGGGCCGGCCAUCGGGCAGCGAGAUGCUCCACCCACAGGGAACCCUGGUGAUCCAGAAACCCACCAACGCAGACUCGGGCGCCUACAAGUGCUUUGCCAAGAACCACCUUGGCACGGACACCCGGAUCACAUACGUCAGGGUUAUAUGAGACUGUGUGUAAGGGGAGCGCAAAGUACAAAGGUACGAAAGACAUUUGACUUUAGAGCCCCUGCAAAAAUUGCCUUGCAUCAAUAUUUACCUGCAAGGGCUGUUUCCAUCUGCAACUCAUGUGGAAUAUAUGAGACUUGUUACAGCAAUGAGGCACGAAACAGGAAGUCCGUCGUUGAGACUGGUGAGGCCAAGAGCCGAUGGAUUGCCCUUCAGAGUUCAGGAUCCGUUCCUUGGCCGGGCAUGCAGUAAUUGUGAGGUGUUAUUUUAAUUGGAACGACUCACAGGUCUGGAAAGCCAACAGUGGCUCCGGGUUUACUGUUUCAGAACAAUGUAUGAGUCAGUUUAGCCUUACAGCAAACGCUACACACACAUAGAGGGCCUGCCCUUAACCCGGUCAUAGUCAGGGAUACUAUUACCACAACAACAGAGAAUGAGUGAGAUCCUCGGGGAAUCCUCUCUCAGGAUUUGGUCCAUGCACAACCCACACACAGUGGCAGAGUGAUGAUGUCACCAGCACUGGCUGAGAGCCUGAUGGGAGGAGCCAAGCUGCACCAGAUCGCCUGUGGUCCCUAUGCGGCCCUACAAAGCAAAAAGGCAGUAACUGCAUUUUUGGUCGAAUUUUUAUUUUAUUUUAUUUUUUUAUAAUUUUCAUGACAUUAAAGUUCUUAUGAAGAUUGAUAUUUGCCAAAAAUAAGUUAAAGUCAAGUAACACAACCUCCACAUGUCCAACAAUUCACCUACAAUUACUUAGGCUGGACAACAGGAUAACUUUAAGGUCAUUUUCUUCAGUUCGCACUCUGCGUAGUCACUGCCUUUUUGCUUUGUUACAAGCUAAGCCAUUACAUUAUCCAGACAGUAUACAUAUUUUUGCAGUUUUAACACUGGAUUGAUAUAUUUUGCUACCAAGAUAAACACAUUUGCACCAUAAUAGGUUGGCAUAUAAAAUGUUAUUAAAAAGGAUAAGGCUUCGUCUGUAAUGUAAUGCAGUUGUGGGUCUGAGGAUGAGAGUAUAAAAGAUUUGACUGCUUUUUAUUUAAAUGUGUCUAAGUCAAAGUGCAUUUUUACAAUUAUAUUAUCCCUUUCUCGGAAUACAUGAACACACUUUUACUUUGUAAGUAAUAAUAUGCAAGUGUCAUGGAAAUACUACAUAUCCUAACAACAAUAAAUAUUGUUUUGAGGGUACA